AUGUGGUGGAUCCAGCCCCUCCUGAAGCGAGGCUACGCGUCUCCGCUGGACGAGACUUGUGUCUGGGAUCUUCCUACCGCCGACCAAGCGCGUCCACUGCAGGAGAAGUUCGACAGGUUUCACACCGCGCAGGCGAAUCAAGCGAAGCGGCCGAACGUGAACAACGCGAUCUGGGAGAGCGUGAAGCGGACGUGGGGGAUCGCGUUCGUGCUGCACCUCGCGAGUGCGGGGCUGAUGCUGUUCCAGCCGUUCAUCAUCAAGGCCAUUCUCAACAACAUGAAGGGCGAAGAGAACUCCCUCGGAAUCUCUUCCGGGUACGCACUCGCGGUGCUUCUGGGCUGCGCUGCCUUCUGUGGCGCCACGACGGUGAGUGCAGGCCAGUUCCUCACAACUCGAGUGGCUUGCAACGCCCGCAUGAUCGUCAUCAACAGCGCCUUCCGGAAGAUUCUUCGGCUCUCGGCGACUGCGAGACGUACCAUGGACACGGGGGAGAUCGUCACGUUCAUCGGGGUCGACAGCGAUCGCGUAUUGUCGGCGUACAAGUUGGGGAUGUGGUGCAUCGUCGCCCCGUUGAUGCUGGUUGCUGUCUGCGUUCUCAUCGGCACUCAGAUGGGGGCUAUUAUUGGCGUCUACCGUCGACAGAUUUCACGGAUCAGUGCCAACCGCCUGAAGGUGACGAACGAGAUGCUUCAGGGCAUUCGAGAGAUCGCUCUGCUGCGGAAGUACAACCGACUGCGGCUCGCCAACACGGUGCUCAUGUUCUUGGCGCCGACGUUGCUGAAUCUGGUGUGCUUCACCGCUACCAUUUUGCUCGGCGGUAGACUGGAUGUCGCGACGACGUUCGUGAUUUUGGCUCUGACAAACGCUUGCCGCACCCCAUUCAGCAUCUUCGCUGAUGCAUCGGUCGCGGUCGCAGAGGCUGUCACCUCUACCAACGCACCGACGCCUACACUUGUCAACAUCAAUCUCACGCUCCAGCCAGGGACACUCACGGUCGUGGUCGGUGCAGUCGGCAGUGGCAAAUCCAGCCUCGUGAACGCGAUACUUGGGGAAAUGCAACAAGUUCACGGUACUCGUACGGUCCGAGGCGACGUAGCGUACGCGAGCCAGCAAGCAUGGAUCCAAAACCAAACCGUUCGUGACAACAUCCUCUUUGGCGAACCAUUUGAUGCAGAGCACUACUUCAGUGUGAUUACAGCUUGUCAGCUCGCCACGGACUUCGAGAUGCUGGAGCAUGGCGAUCAGACUGAAAUCGGCGAGCGCGGUAUCAAUCUCAGCGGUGGUCAGAAGGCUCGAAUCAGCGUGGCUCGUGCUAUGUAUCGCGCUCGCAAAUGUGACUUCGUGGUGCUGGAUGAUCCGCUGAGUGCGCUGGACGUCCACGUGGCUAAUGCUGUGUUCUCCGAUGGCUUGGUGGGCAUCGCGCAGGGCAAGACGCGCUUGUUGGUGUUGAACUCGCACUACCAUUUGCUGCAGUACGCAGACCGUGUACUCGUGAUGUCCGAUGGCAAGAUCGUGGGAGACGGUCCGUUGGCUGAAGUGCAAGCAGACUUCUCGUUUUUACUGAACUCUCCGCGGUCGCCCAACACGAAGAAGGAGCCAUCCGGAAAGCUGAUCGCCCAAGAGGACCGACUUGUCGGCUCGGUUCAGCUGCAGACGUACAUCGACUACUUGGCCGCCUCGGAGUGGAAUGGCUGGUACCUCUGCGGUGCGAUUAUACUGCUGUUCUCCGUGGCUCAGGUCACGCUCUUCUUCUCUGACUGGUUCUUGAGUCAGUGGUCUCAAGGCUCCAUCGCAUUGAGUCAGGACAACUCACUGGCCGUCUACGUGGGGGUUGUUGUGGGCGCCGCCCUCCUGGUCUUCGCUCGCUGCAUCUUCUUCAUGGAGAUCUGCAUGACCUGCUCGGUGAAAAUCCAUCUGAAGCAUCUGCGCAAAGUGAUAGCGGCCCCGAUCACCACCUUCUUCGACAUCACCCCCAUCGGGAGGAUCUUGAACCGAUUCUCGAGAGACCUGGACGAGGUGGACAACCCGCUGCCGUACUGGGCUCUAUGGCUGCUGCUGUGCGUCUUACAGGUGCUGUCCUCGUUCAUCGUCUGUGCGGCGGUGAACCCGUUCGUGCUGAUCAUCUACUGCCCGGUGGGGUACGGCUGCUGGUUUGCGGCCAAGGUUUACCAGUCCUCGGCUCGGGAAUUGAAGCGUCUCGAUGGUGUCACCAGGUCACCGUUCUUAAACUUGAUGUCCGAGACGAUCUCCGGUAUCGAGACCGUGCGCGCGUUCAAGAUGAUGGACACUUUUGCCGUCCGUUGCGAGGAGCUGCUCAACAACAACAUGAAGAUUUAUUUCCUCUCGCAGACGGCGGCGAGGUGGUUCGACAUGCGAGCAGACUGGUUCGUGUCGCUCAUCAUUGGCGUUGUCGCGGUGCUGGCCGUUGCUACGAAGUCGAGCGUUGGUGCUGCGGUGGCAGGCCUCAGUCUCACGUACGCGUCUCAACUGUCGUCCAGCUUCCAGCGGAUGACCACGCUUUCGACUCGAGUUGAGAGCAGCAUGACCUGCUUCGAGCGCAUCGCCCACUACGGCUCGCUCAACGAGGAAGGACACGAUCGGGCUGCGUCUAAUCAGAAAUCUCUGCCAGAAGACUGGCCCCGGACUGGUGCGGUUGUCUUCGAGAACGUCUCCAUGAGAUACCGUGACGACCUCCCUCUCGUACUAAAGGGAGUAUCUUUCUCCGUCGCGAGUGGUGAAAAGGUCGGCAUCUGCGGUCGCACUGGGUCUGGCAAGAGCUCGCUCAUGAGCGUUUUGUUCCGCGUCGUGGAGAUUCCAACGACUGGCCGCGUUCUCAUCGACGGGGUGGACAUCUCCACUAUCACUGUGCACCAGCUCCGGACCAAGCUGACCAUCAUCCCGCAGGACCCGAUGCUGUUCAGUGGUUCACUGCGAAUGAACCUCGACCCCUUCGCUGAGAAGAGUGACGCAGAGCUGCAUGAAGUGCUCCGCAAGGUGCACUUGUCCGAUACAGUGGCUGGGUGGGGCAAAGGUCUUGACUACGAGGUAGCCGAGAAGGGCGAGAACCUGUCUGUGGGUCAGCGUCAGUUGCUGUGUAUCGCUCGCGCGCUGAUCCGAGACAGCAAGGUGAUCGUGAUGGACGAAGCCACCGCGAACGUGGACCAGGAGUCGGACAAGCUCAUCCAGCAGACGAUGAAGGAGAGCUUCGGCGGCGGAGACUGCACGGUGCUGUGCAUCGCGCACCGCAUCGAGACGAUCAUGGACAGCGACAAGAUUUUGGUGCUGGAUGGAGGGGAGGUGGUGGAGUAUGAUACGCCGUCGGCGUUGCUGCAAGUUAAGGGCGGUGUGUUCAAGUCCCUUGUGAGCUCAAGCAAGAACGUCCUGCCGUAG